CAACGAUUACACUCAUUCCAUUCCAAACGGAAUUUUAAAAUACCAGUGCAAUCUUCAUCAGCGUAUAUUUAUCUCAUCAUCAAAUAUUUUGGAGAUGAAACUUAUACGGCAUCUUUGCUUUUUUUCAAUUCACCUUCUGCAAUAUAUAAGGUAUGAAAUAUCAGAGGUUUAUUAUAACAUAUAUUUAAUCAUAAUUCACUACCAAGCAAACAAUAUAUUCCAUAAUAUAUUAAUCGACAAAAAUACGACAUUAUGGCCCUAUAUAAAUGAAUUACGGCUUCGGGUUAAAUUAUCAGUUUCUACGUAACUAUUAUCUAUUAUUCUAAAUAUCAUGGCAUUCACUAUGAUAAAAGAUAUCACUCCCUUAAAAGAAUCAUGGAGAUUGAAGGUGAGGAUUGUGAGGUUUUGGGAACAACCGGAUUUCAAAGACCAUACUGUAAUCGGCACUCAUGAAUUAAUAUUGGUGGAUGAGAAGGGCUCCAAAAUACAAGCAACCAUAAACAAACAUCUAUUUGACAACUAUAAGAAUCUUGUGAAAGAGGGCGCAACUCGUAUUAUCUCUAAUUUUUUGGUCAAAAAAACAGGCGGUCAACAUAGGGCUACUAGCCAUGACUACAAAAUCGUUUUCAUCUACAAAACGAAUGUCAGGGAGUGUGACAAUGUACAACUUCCACUGCAUGGAUUUGACUUUGUGCCCUUUGACAAGAUGCAUAAAAAGGAGGUCAAUGAUGUUUUUUUAGUAGAUGUUAUCGGAGAAUGCACUGCAAUGAGCGAUAAAAUUGACACUUCAACCAAUGGAACACCAAAUUACAAAGUGAUGUUCGAGUUAGAAGAUUUAAACAAAAAUACAAUAAGUGGUACUCUAUGGGGAAAAUAUGCUGAACAAAUGUCAGAGUACAAGAAAGAGGGUAUCCAAGGACGUCCUAUUAUUAUACUACAAUUCGUUAAGAUAAAGAGAUGGAGAGAUCAAGUUUCACUUUGUAAUUCACUGUUUGCGACCAAGAUAUUCAUCAAUGAGGACAUCUCAGAAGUGAAUGAUUAUAAGGAAAGCAUCACCGAUGGGGAUGAUUCUCGCUCGGUGGGUAUCACUCAUUUGUCAAGCCAAAAUUCACAUUCCAUAGAAGAUGAGUUUAUGAAAUUGUCUGAACGUAAGCAAUUAGAUGAGAUACCCGUUACUAAUAAGGAAUGCUUUUGUGCCACUGUUGCUACAAUUGUGGGUUUUGAAAAGGAUACCAACUGGUAUUAUAACUCGUGCAAAAGUUGUAACAAAAAGGUUGACUAUGAAGGUGGUGGGAGAUAUUGGUGCAUAAAAUGUGAUUCACAUGUCAAAUCUGCGCCACCAAGGUACAAGGUGACUGUAUCAGUUGAGGAUGACAAUGGAUCAGCCAGUUUUGUCAUGUUUGAUCGGGAGGUUUUUCAGGCUAUACAGAUAUCGGCAAUGGACUUGAAAGAUAAGUUAUUGAAGGAUGGUAAGGGUGAUUCGUUUCCAGAGGAACUAGAGAUGCUUUUGGAGAGAAAGUUUUUAUUUAGAAUUCAAAUCUCUAGAUACAAUCUUGAUCAAGAUUGGGAUAAGUUCACUGUAGUAAGGCUAAGUGAUGAUGAAGACUUGAUAAAAAAGUUCUUGGAUGUGAAUGAGGUGGCACAAGAUAAUGAUGCGGAGGUUGAAUCUACUAAUAAUACGAAUACACCUUCAACCGAGAAAAAUAAGGACCCCACACCUGUUAUAUGUGAUAGUGAAGAUUUUAUUGAGGGCACUAUCACACCAAAAAAGCGACCUCUUGAGGAAGCUACGAGUGAUGGGAACGUUGGUGAAACAAGUUCGGUGCAAAGAUCUACUAACAGAAAGAAGGUUGUGAUCAAGAUGGAAAAGAAAUAAUCAAUGGUUAUGGGGCUGGCGUUUUUUUUUUACCUUUAGUAAUAGAGUUUACAGUAAAACGUGUGUUUUAAGACCUCUCGGGGUUAUAGUAUUUUCAAUCUAGAAUCUAUUUGGUUCAAAUAUUAGUUUCAUUAUGACAUUAGUCUAAUUAAUAUUUAUAGUGUGACCAGUAUUAAAAUUUACAUUAUGGCCC